AACACAUUGCGUCAGACAAGGGCGAGACACACAAGCAAACAGUGGCUCGCUGGUGAGAUUGUAGCUAAAGCGAUAACUAGAAACACUACAAUGGCCGAGACUAACUCCUUAGAUGAAGAAAAGAAGGGCCUGACUGAUAUGAACGAUUCUGCGACUGUAGAAAUAGACCAAGAUGACUCGACGGUGAAAUUUCUCAAUGGCGGCAAGGGCAUCGACGCGAAAGCAGAUAGCGGGUCGGGUGAUAUAUCUUUCACUGGUCUUGGGAAAGAAGAAUUAAUGAAAUAUGCCGACGAUCCAUUUUGGAAGAAGGUCAGAAUCUGUCUGUUCGUCCUGUUUUGGGUAGGAUGGGUUGCCAUGUUGGUUGCAGCAAUUGUCAUUAUCGUACUGGCUCCUCGCUGUCCGUACCGCCCGGACUCGAAAUGGUACGACGAAAAUACAAUGUAUCAAGUCUACCCCAGAUCGUUCAAGGACAGUUCCAAAAGCCAGAGUACAGAUCCUUCAGCAGGAGUAGGAGAUCUCGAAGGCCUCUCCAGCAAAUUGCCUUAUCUCAAAGAACUUGGAAUGAAGUCGCUGUAUAUCAGUUCUUUCUUCAAGUCUGGAAAUCAGGACCAUGGCAUGGAUGUGGUUGACCACAAAGACAUUGAUUCUAUCUUUGGCACUCUGGACCAGUUCAAAGCCAUACGCAAAGAAACCAAAAAUGAGUUACGUAUCAUCUUGGACUUUAUUCCUAAUCAUACUAGCCGUAACCACACUUGGUUUGAGAUGAGCAAGAAGAAAGACGCAAAAUACAAAGAUUUUUAUGUUUGGGCUUCAUGCACACCAACCACCAAGCCUAACAACUGGUUGAGUGUGUAUGGUGGAUCUGCUUGGGAGUAUGAUGAAGAGCGCAAGGAGUGCUACUAUCACACAUACCUGAAGGAAGAGCCAGACCUCAACCUUGCAAACCCAGAUGUGUUGAAGGAAAUGGAUGCUAUCCUGCGCUUUUGGUUGGACUUGGGAGUGGAUGGAUUCAAUGUCAUUGGAGCACAACACUUGGUAGAGUCCAAUAACACUGCUAACGAAACAUUGAGUGGUCUUCCUGUGGCUGCUACUGAUUAUGCAUAUUUGGACCAUACUCUCACACGCAACCAACCAGAGUCUAUUGCCCUCAUUAAUAGGUGGAGAUCUGUUGCUGAUAGCUAUGCUACAAAACCAGGAAAGGAAAAGAUGUUGAUGGUAGCAGCAUCAGGAACCAUGAAUGAAACUAGCUUAUAUUAUGGCACAUCUGACAAGAAGGGGGCUAACUUCGUUCUUACAUCUCCUGUUGACUUCUCAAGAUCUGUCACAGCAUAUGAAAUAGAGUUGAGGGUCCGCGAGUUUAUCGAGGCUGGCCAAGUCAAAAGGGCAUGGUCUUAUGGGAACCAAGACGAGUCUCGUCUAGCCACAAAGGCUGGGAGGAAGAUGGUAAAGGCCAUGUUUGCCCUCCAGAUGUUGUUGCCUGGCAUACCAGUAAACUACUAUGGCAAUGAAAUUGGUAUGGAGAAUGGCAACAUCCCUUACCAAGACAGACAGGACUUCCUUAUGAAAGAUGUAUCAUUGGUUAAUUAUGAUCAGAGCAAGAGCAGAGACCCCUUCCGCACACCUAUGCAGUGGACUAGUGGCCUGAAUGCUGGUUUCUCUGAAAACAAACCAUGGCUGCCAGUCAAUUCUAAUUCAGUUGAUACAGUCAAUGUAGAGACUGAAAAUGCAUACUUCAGUGACAGAAACAUGGAUGAGACUCAGCUGUAUGCAUUCAGAAAUUUGUCAGGAAUCCGAGAGAAGGAAUCUUUCCAGUGGGGCAAGACUACCAUAGGAACUGUACAAGACAGUCUGUGGUUCAAACGUCAUGCUGAAGGAUUCCCAGGCUUUGUUGUUCUUAUCAACCUUGGCUCCUCGAGCCAGACGGUGAAGAUGAACAAGGUUGCAAGUGUGCCAGCACAGGUGGAACUUGUCUUCCACUCCCAGUACAAGAUCACAGAGAUGGAAAAGAACCUUGACUUCAAUGAGAAGUCUGUUUCCAUAAAUCCUGGCCAAGUCCUUGUUUUCCAAUUCGAAUAGAUUAUAAAAGACUGAAGCUUGUGUCAAUUUUUUAUCAAAAUUUUGAAUUUAACUGUGUGAUAUAAAUAAAUGAUAUGGAUAAAUUUUAAAGUACGGAAAAUUAAUGAAAACUUGCAUAAAUGAAUCUCGCAUUUUAAUGUUGUAACUCUAUACAUCAGACCUUGAAGAGAGCUUUGUGUUUUCAAUAUGAUAAGGUACAUUUGCAUUGAGAAAUCAAAAUACUUGGUCUUUAAUAGUAAUCUUAAACUGUUUGAUUUGAAAUUGACAUGUGCUUUUGAUCAUUUACCCCUAACACUUUCCUUAUCCGGUUAAGAAAUAAAUACACUGACUGCAUGAUAACCCUGCAGGGAAGGAAAGGUCGGUUGUAUCUUUGCUAUCAGCACAAAAAUAAUUCCUAAAUUUUGAACCAUAACCUGUCAAACAGAACAUGUAGUUAUGGAUGCACACAUUUGGUUAUUGAAAUGAAAAUGAAAUCCAGUUAAAUAAAAUUAUUAACAUCUAA